GUGAGCAUGUUGUCAGCCUUCAUCGCUCCCUUCAAGCACUUGAGCCCCGGGGCCACUAACACGGAGGAUGACGACAAUCUAAGUACCAGCAGCGCAGACGUGAAGGAGAACCGAAAUGUGAGCAACCUGGAGGCACGGCCACUGCCCACGGGCGACAGAGCCCGAGGCGGUGCGCCUGGUGUGAAGAGGAAAAGGCCCCUGGAGGAGGGCAACAGCGGCCACUUCUGCAAACUGCAGCUGAUCUGGAAGACGCUCUCGUGGUCGAUGACGCCCAAGAACGCGCUGGUGCAGCUGCACGAGCUGCGGCCCGGCCUGCAGUACCGGAUGGUGUCCCAGACCGGCCCGGUGCACGCGCCCGUCUUCGCUGUGGCGGUGGAAGUGAACGGGCUCACGUUCGAGGGCACGGGGCCCACCAAGAAGAAGGCCAAGAUGCGGGCAGCCGAGCUGGCGCUGCGCUCCUUCGUGCAGUUCCCCAACGCCUGCCAGGCCCACCUGGCCAUGGGCAGCAGCCCCAGCCCCUGCACGGACUUCACCUCUGACCAGGCCGACUUCCCCGACACGCUCUUCAAGCAGUUCGAGCCGUCCGCACCCAGUGCAGCCUUCCCGGGCCACCGCCCCGCCGAGCCCGAGCUGCUGUCCCCCGUCUGCCGGCGGGGACGGCUGCUGCGCAGCACGCUGGACCUGGUGGCCCCGGGCGAGGGGAACCCGGUGGUGGUGCUGAACCAGCUGCGCGCCGGCCUGCGCUACGUGUGCCUCUCGGAGCCGGCCGACAGGCAGCGGCCGCGCAGCUUCGUCAUGGCCGUGAGCGUGGACGGCAGGAUGUUUGAAGGCUCGGGACGCAGCAAGAAGCUGGCCAAGGGCCAGGCGGCGCAGGCGGCCCUCCAGGCCCUCUUCGACAUCCGGCUGCCCGGCCACGUGCCCAGCAGGAGUAAAAGUCACCUCCUGCCCCAGCCUGCUAACCACGCCGACGGGAUGAUGGAGGGCUCGGAGCAGCGAGAGGGCUGA